AUGCUCCGCGGCCAGGCCCUCCCCUGGAGAGCUGCGCUCCACCAGACACCGCGUCCAUUAAUUGUUCGGCCUUUGCUCGCAUCUCCGAGAUACAAUGCUAGUGCUCGGUCGAUUCUAAUCUCCUCGCGCCUCUCCCGCUCUCUCCCUCCCUCUCAGAAACCCCCACCCGGAGACGAAAAGGAAGCUUCGGAUCAGAAAGAGCAGAAGGAAAAGAACGAAGAGAAGGAUAUUGACCGUACUACUGAGCCUCGACGAAGAGUAGUUGAUCAGUCAGGGAAGCAUGGCUCCUCAACAGAAUCCGGAGCUCCGACAGUGGGAUCUACAAAACGGAGAGAGAAACAGGCCGCGGACAAAGAACAGCAGGCAUUGGAGGAUGAAAAGAAGGACAAUAACGUAGCUGAAGGCAGAGGUAACUCCAACGAGUCACCGUCUCCUAUUCCUGUCAAUGGCGGCUCGUCGGAUUCCAAGCCUAGUGGCGCAAACAACGGAGGUAAUGAAGAUGGGGGGAAGAAGGGUAAGAAGGGCUCUGGUGAAAAGGCUUUGCAAAAGCCUUCCGUUCCAGACAUAUACCCCCAGGUUAUGGCCAUCCCCAUCGCGAAGCGCCCGCUAUUCCCGGGAUUUUACAAAGCUAUCACUAUCCGAGACCCGAACGUGGCAAUGGCUAUUCAGGACAUGAUGAAGCGAGGACAGCCUUAUGUCGGAGCUUUCUUAUUCAAGGAUGAGAACGCUGAUGGCGACGUAAUCGAAAAUCUUGACGACGUGUACGACGUUGGGGUGUUCGCUCAGAUUACCGCUGCCUAUCCCCUUCGUGGAGAAUCUAGUGGUGUGACAGCUGUGCUUUAUCCUCAUCGCCGCAUCAAGGUCUCCUCCCUGUUGCCACCAAACGACUCGACAAAGUCUCCAGCAGCGGAAGAUAAGCCAGUCGAAAAGCGGGGGGAUGUUGUAGCCAGCUUUGAAGAGGGGACUCAAGAACUCGCACCCAAGGAUCACUACGAACCUACAUCAUUCUUACGGAAGUAUCCAGUCAGCUUGGUCAAUGUAGAGAACCUGGCAGAAGAGCCUUAUGAUAAGAAGAGCGCCCUUAUUCGUGCAGUGACAAGUGAGAUUGUCAAUGUCUGCAAGGAAAUUGCUGGUCUGAAUCCCCUUUUCCGUGACCAAAUUUCUGCAUUUUACACCGAUCAGUUCCCUGGAAACUUGAGCGAUGAGCCAGCUAAAUUGGCCGAUUUUGCAGCUGCUGUUUCUGCGGGCGAACUGCAUGAGAUGCAAGAGGUCCUUGAGAUAAUGAACAUUGAGGAGAGACUUCCCAAGGCAUUGGUUGUACUGAAGAAGGAGUUAAUGAACGCGCAACUUCAGUCGAAGAUUUCAAAGGAUGUGGAGGCUAAAAUCCAGAAGCGACAGCGCGAGUACUGGUUAAUGGAGCAGAUGAAGGGUAUUAAGAGGGAGUUGGGUAUUGAAUCCGAUGGUAAGGAUAAGCUUGUUGAAAAAUUUAAAGAGAAAGCGGAGAAGCUUGCCAUGCCAGAGGCUGUUAAGAAAGUAUUCGACGAGGAAAUCAAUAAAUUGGCGCACUUGGAACCAGCUGCUUCCGAAUUCAACGUCACUCGCAACUAUCUCGACUGGUUGACUCAGAUUCCUUGGGGCCAGAAGAGCGUCGAGAACUUCGGUAUUCAGCACGCCACAAGUGUUCUGGAUGAAGAUCACUAUGGCUUGAAGGAUGUUAAGGACCGUAUUCUUGAGUUCAUCGCUGUCGGAAAGCUUCGCGGGACAGUGGAAGGAAAGAUUCUCUGCCUUGUGGGACCGCCCGGUGUUGGAAAGACCAGUAUUGGAAAGUCAAUUGCCCGGGCUCUGAACAGGCAAUACUACCGCUUUUCUGUUGGAGGCUUGACAGAUGUUGCAGAAAUCAAGGGUCAUCGCAGGACCUAUGUUGGUGCCCUCCCCGGACGCAUCAUCCAAGCUCUCAAGAAGUGUCAGACGGAAAACCCUCUGAUUUUGAUUGACGAAAUAGACAAGAUUGGACGUGGCCACCAAGGAGACCCAUCUUCUGCACUCCUCGAACUUCUCGACCCAGAACAGAACUCCUCCUUUUUGGACCACUACAUGGAUGUUCCUGUGGACUUGUCUAAGGUUCUCUUUGUUUGCACGGCUAAUGUCACCGAUACAAUUCCCCGUCCUUUACUGGAUCGAAUGGAGCUUAUUGAGCUUUCGGGAUAUGUUGCGGAUGAGAAGAUGGCUAUCGCUCAGCGCUACCUUGCUCCUGCUGCUAGGGAAUUGACGGGCCUGAAGGAAGUCGACGUAACCCUGAAAGAGGAAGCUAUUGAGGAGCUCAUCAAGUCUUACUGCCGUGAAAGUGGUGUCCGGAACCUCAAGAAGCAAAUUGAGAAAGUUUAUCGAAAGGCCGCGUUCAAGAUCGUCCGUGAUCUUGGAGAGGACGUGCUCGCUGAGGACAAGGCUCUUACCGAUGAGGGAAAGGCUGCACAAGAGGAGUCGAAGAAAGAAGGCGAGUCUGGUGACUCUAUUCACUCCUCUGCCGAAGCAACAACUGAAACACCUCGUGUUGCUCUGAAAGUUCCUGAGAGUGUGCAGCUUAGCAUCGGCAAGGACAGCUUGACCGACUACGUUGGACCUCCGGUUUUCACCUCUGACAGACUGUAUGAGACCUUCCCAGCCGGUGUUACAAUGGGCCUUGCUUGGACUAGCAUGGGAGGCGCUGCUUUGUAUGUCGAAUCGAUCUUGGAGAACGCUCUGACUCCCGAGUCCCGACCGGGUAUCGAGAUUACCGGCAACCUGCAAAAUGUGAUGAAAGAAUCUUCCCAAAUUGCGUACUCCUUUGCCAAGUCGGUGCUGGCUAAGCAGUUCCCCGAGAACAAAUUCUUUGAGAAGGCAAGGCUUCACAUGCAUUGUCCGGAGGGUGCUGUACCGAAGGAUGGUCCGUCUGCUGGUAUUACAAUGGCAUCAUCUUUGCUAUCCUUAGCGCUGGACCAUUCUCUUGCCCCAACAAUUGCCAUGACUGGAGAACUGACGGUGACUGGCAAAGUCUUGCGUAUCGGUGGUUUGCGUGAGAAGACCGUUGCUGCUCGUCGUGCUGGUGCCACGAAUAUCAUCUUCCCUGCGGACAAUAUGUCAGAUUGGCUGGAGCUACCUGAGAACAUCAAAGAAGGCAUCGAAGGCCAUCCUGUGGGCUGGUAUUCGGAGGUGUUUGACUUACUUUUUACCGGUCUAGACAAGAACGCAGCCAACCACGUCUGGCAGAAGCAGCUCGCGAAGACGUCCGAAGACAAGUCGACUAAAGACCAUGAGGACGAUGACUGA